AUGUGCUACGUAAUAAUUACCGGGCGAAGUCUCGCGUGGUUGCUUUUGAGCUUGAUAGCGUUUAUGUUAAUUUUAACCGGUAUUAUGACGCCCAAAUGGCUUUUAGGUCAGCCUAUUGUACUAAACGAGAAUAACACAACAAAGUUUCAUGUACCCAGCGUAGGAAUAUAUAAUCGAUGUACUCGAAUGAGACACGACAACAACCACUGUGCUCCGUUCUCGAUGUACGGUCUUGCUACUGAUUCAUCCAUAUAUCCUAAACCAUGGAAGGCUGCUCUCUUCUUCUUGUCAUUAUGUGCGGCAAUACAGUUUGCAACAGUGCUAGCUGGUGUCAUGGCAUGUUGCGUACAAUCAGUGUUUAAGAAAAGUGUAAUAUCUCUGGCUGGAGCCACACAAGCGUUAGGAGGUCUUUUUGGAGUCCUAGGGCUGCUACUCUAUCCCUGGGGCUGGGGAGCUCCCCGAGUGAAGAAGCUCUGUGGUGAAUACUCUGAACCUUACAUACCUGGAGAUUGUUCUAUCGGUUGGGCCCUCUUCGUGACAGCGAUAGGUGUUGCUCAAAUAUUCCUAGCGAGUGCAUUAUCAAAACCAGCGGACAAAGCUGCCAAUUCGGAUAAGGUUCAAUUCAAGAUGGAUGAAGGCAAACAGCUCAUAUGUCUCGCUUAAAAUGCUUUUAUGGACAAGGUAUAUAGUAUAACAAUAUUACUUCAAGUUUACUUGCUGUGUCUAAAGGCUACUUUAAUUUAUCGCGAUUCAUUAAGUUUUUUAGAUGCCCGACGUUUCGGAUACUUGACAACAACCACGGUC